AUGGCCUCUUCUGCACGUCCAACCCUCACCCAUGACCGCGACGCCAGCUCAGUCCGUCCCCGUAACCGCCGUUUAGCUAGCGUCGAGAGUGGCAACGACAUCGUCUCUCGAGAGCCGUCUACGAUCCGCGGCACCGCCCGUCUCGCCUCAGGAACAUCGACCCCACUGCGCGAUGCGAGUCCUUUACCCACUCACCGGCUCGAUGUUGCCCCCGCCGGUGGUCGCCGUGGCCAGGAUAAGGGGGCGAAGAAUCCAGUGGGUGCCGGCGCGCCUGGAUUAGGGCUCAUAAACGGGUCAUGGGCUACUACCUGGGGCAACGUGCAAGAUCUUGCGGCAGGAUGGAUCUCGGGUAACAAGGCUUCCGCCGGAAGCGCGGGAAUUAUCGCGGAGAGGGAGGCUGCGCUGAUCGCUGCGAGGACCGCCAGCGUUCUCGAGAGUCACGAUGGUGUCAAUGGUGGCCUUGAUGUUGCCGGCAGGUAUAAACUCAGGACAUCUGACGAGUUACCGCGACAGACAAGUGCCUUCGAGCAGCCAGAGGAAACGCUUGUCUAUAUACACCAUGUUAAGCCUACGGAUACACAUGUAGGUGUCAUACUCAAGUAUGGCUGCAGAGACGAGGCUUUCAAGAAGCUUAACGGGCUGUGGUCUCGCGACAGUAUUUCGACUCGGAAAUGGCACUCUCAGCAGUCGACCAACAGUACCAAGCAGCGUGGCUGGCACAUCCACCCCGAGGUCGACGCGCAGGCCUCCCGCAAGCACAAGUCGAAGGAGACCUCGGAAUUCUCAAACACCGCGCGUAGCCGGCGAGGCAGAGGAGGAGCGCCCAACGCUGUAGGGCGUUGGAAUGCGACAUCGACCCUCCCUAUGCCUAUCUGCAUCGAGUGCCGUCACCCCGUCAAAACGUUAUGGACUGAAUAUUCCGGCGCUGGCGGGGCCAAGGGGAGUGGCGGUCACAAUAUCCGAUUGACGGUGUGCCACAACUGCGGCAACUUUUGCGACAAGUAUGUCGAGCAUGACUUUGUCAUCAUGUUCAUUGACCUCGUCCUCAUUAAACCACAGCCAUCCAUCAUCCGCCUUGGCGUCUUGCUCCUCCUCUUCGACGUCUACCUGACUUGGGCUCGUAUCGAAAAGAACGCUGAUCCGUCAUCAUCGGGUGUUCUUGGGCGAUUAGCGGAGCAGCCCAUUCUUCUCCAAUACAUAUUCUUCCGUAAGCACGACUUCUUGCCAUGGGGAGACUGUGCUCCACUGCUCGCUUUCAACGCUAGCCUUUCACCUCAGCAUCCGAACCCUAACUUCAUCCCGCUUUUCCCCGCUUUCACUCUUGGGGUUGAUGCAGCGCUACCCACGGCCUAA